AUGCUUGUUACUGGCAACAAUCACCAGUUCAUCCAGAAUCUCAUUGCCAAUCUUAAAACUGCUUUUUCCCUCAAAGAACCCAUCCCUGUCUCAAUGUUCUUAGGCAUUCGAAUCACCCCAGUCCCAGAUGGCCACUUCCUUGACCAGCAACAAUAUUCCCAAGCCAUUUUGCAAACCAGUGGUUUUCUUAACUGUAAACCUUCUACUACUCCCAUUGCUCUCAAAUCGCAAACUCAAACAGCUCCAGCUCAACCGUCACACGACUCAACCUUCUACAGGCAGCUAGUAGGCUCUCUCCAAUAUUUAACCAUUACAAGACCGGACAUCACAUUUUCUACCAACCAAAUCUGUCAGCAUAUGCAUGAUCCUAAACCAAUCAACUUUAAAGCCAUGAAGAGACUUCUCCGUUACAUACAGGGCACCAUUGCAUAUGGACUUGCCCUACUUUACAGCAACCUGGACCUCUCAACUUAA